AUGCAGCUGGAGGCACAACCAGCCCACCACGCCACACACGACGUCAAAACCGAGCCACCGACGCCCGAGCCAUGCUCGGACAAUUCGUUGGGGCGACUCGCAUCCGCUCCUGCACCUCGAUCACAGCCCUCGAGGCAUCAACUGCACCAUCGAUCGUACGAGGAAGCGAUCGCAAGCGCGGCGGGCACGGUCGUCCCGCUCGACAUGCGAUGCCGAUACAAGACAGGGCGAUGUCCGCUAGCUCGAGCCACGAAACGAAGUGGCCGACCACUUCUUCUGUGCGAAUUCCACCGGGCCAAGCAAAACAGCAUCAAGCGCAAGAGCGACACCAAGUACCGGAUCGACCGCCUCGCGCAAAAAGCACGCAACGCCAUGGACCGUCCAUUGCAAACACAAGCGCAACUGCCCGUGGAUUUCGACAAAUGCCUCCUGUUGUCGAAUCCCCUUCACAUCCCGAUCGUGCCCCUCGCACACGAUCCGCUGACUCCACUCCAGCAGCUCAUUUCCCCCACCAGCGACAUGGGUGGGGACGAUAUCGCGCUGCUUCAAUUCUUCGUCUUAACUCCCCGAUAA